AUGAUAUUCUUGGUAAGACAUGGAGAAAGGGCUGACAAUUGUGAAAUUGAAAAGAAGAACAUUGUAAAUCCAUCAGAUCCACAUCUUACUCCAACUGGAUGCACCUAAGCAUUGUAGGCUGGAUCUUUGAUUCAAUAGGAGAUUGAGGCUUACUCUUGUGUUGAUAUUCAAUCCUCUCCUUUCUUAAGGUGCAUAAUGACUGCUAAGAUCGUUGCUAGUCAAAUCAACAAGCAAGAGGUAUCUUUAAAGACAGAAAUCUGUGAAACUUUAUAUCCUCAGUUCUUCUCCAAGAACCCAUUGCCUGAGUUAGUCAUUAAUACCGAUUCCACACACACUUACUUCACUGGGAUUACCUUAAUCGAUUAAUAAUUGGAUCAGAAUGAAAUAUAUCCAGAAACCUUAGAAAAAGUGACCAAUAGAAUUAUGACUUAUGUCUAACAACUUCUAAAAACAAUCGAACCUGAACAAUGUGUCAUCUUAGUAACCCAUCAACGCCCUCUAAAGACUAUUUUAGAACUUUUCAAUCAGAAGACAGACAAUGUUGGAUAUUGUAAAGUGAUAUCUUUACGCAAAGGAGAAUCAACUCAGAUAGAAAAAUGCGAACUUAAAAUUUAUUGA